ACCCUUUUAACCAAACCCCUCCAUUUAAAAAGGCCUUUCGCCUUCGCCGCCUCCUCGCAGUUCCCUUUCUCCCUCGCUUCCGAUCUCUAGGGCAUCUCCGAUCUCCGUCUCGUCGGCGUCGGGCACCGGUCCUCCGAUCCGAGGCCGGAAAGCUCUUCUUCAGUUCCCCCGCACUCUAUCUGUGUAACUUUAUUUGCUUAGUUGAUAAGAAGCAGUCUUAUAAAACUGACAUGACGAUGCCUGCUACUGAGUCUAUGACUCAUCCAAAGCCCGAAGUGGUUGGUCGUGCAUUUGUUGAACAGUAUUACAAGGUUUUUCAUCAUUCUCCUGAAAUUGUUCACAAGUUUUACCUGGAUUCAAGUGUUCUGAGUCGCCCAGAUUCCAAUGGAGUGAUGACAUCUGUGACAACUUUGGAUGAAAUCGAUAAGUUGGUUCUGUCAUUAGACAGCCAAAACUUCUUUGUGGAGCUGGAGACAGUUGACUCUCAGACAUCUUACAAGGAUGGUGUGUUCAUUUUAGUCACAGGAUGCUUGAAAGGUACUAGUGAUGGGAUUCGUCGAAAGUUUAGCCAGUCUUUCUUCCUAGCCCAUCAAGACAAAGGAGCUUACUUUGUCCUAAAUGAUGUGUUUCGGUAUGUCGAUGAGAGUCAGCCAAGGGAAACAGAGCAAGUGUUUGUUAAUGGUGCUAACGGCUACUCUGUUGUACCACCUCCAACCUUGGAACAGGAGCCAGCCUCAAUUGAAGAGCAUCAUGUGGAGGAGCCCGCUAUCCCUCCUCCUUCAGAGGUAGUUCUGGAAAAUGGGAAUGAAGUUUCCAACCCAACAGAGAAUGGUGGUUCAGCAGUUGAAGUUGAGAUUGUUAUGGAUCAACAAUCUCUUCCAAAUGGAAAUGCUGCACCAAAUGUUCCGGAGCCCACAGCUAGUGUUCCUCGGGAACCUGCUCCCAUGAAGUCCUAUGCUUCAAUUGUUAAAUUCACAAAAGGGAGCACACCGAUAGUAUCAGAUUUUGUGUCUAUUGCCAAGGAUAGGCCAAGCACUGUGACUGAGAAAGUGUCUGUGAUUUCUACUAAAGCCAAUAUUCCCUCCAAGCCCACUGCUCCACCAACCGAAACCCCAUCAUCUGCUAGCAGCAAUAAUGUUGUUGAGAGCAACAAUCCUCAUGAUGUGGAAGGUCAUUCCAUUUAUAUCAAGAACCUGCCUUUGAAUGCAACUGCUGCACAAGUGGAGGAGGUGUUCAGUAAAUUUGGAACCAUCAGACCUGGUGGUGUGCAAGUCAGAAACCACAAGAUUGAUCGGUUCUGCUUUGGCUUUGUUGAAUUUGAGUCGUUGGCUUCCAUGCAGGCUGCUAUUGAGGCAUCACCAGUGAUGAUUACCGGCCGCCCAGUAUUUGUUGAGGAGAAGAAGACCACAACACGAGUUAUUAACGGCGUUGUCAGCAUUGGAAGUGGUACUGGGGGAAGCAGCUCCACCGGCAGCAAUGCUAGAGGGCGGUACCCUAGUGCGAGGGGUGGAUUCCGGAAUGAUAAUUUUAGGGGAAGAGGAGGCUUUGGCAAUAACCAGAGCAUUGGGAGGGGUGACUUCAGGAGCCGGAAUGAUUAUGCCGGUCGUGGUCAGUAUGCAAAUCGAGGCCGAGGCCAAGCUGGUCGGAAUGGUGAAACUUACCAGCAACGAGUUCCGAAUGGAAAUGGCAGGGUGGACCAUCCAAUUAGUAUCAACCAAAGUGCAGCACCAGCAUGAAGACAUUAAGCCAUGGGGGGACUAACCAUCAAUUGAGGUCUGGAAAUGUCAAUUGUGUUCUCUUUUUAUAUUCUAGUAGUUCUUAGAUUCUGUAUGCCAAUCUAUGUCUGAACCGGAGAAAAAAAAAAAAGAAGAAAAAAAAAACAGCCAUUUUUGACUCUACCUGUUACUUCAUUAUUGAUCUUAUUAGACUUCUAAAUUUUUUUA